AUGUUAGAAAAUACAGAAGAUGUACAAAUUAUACUUGACUGCCAGGUCAGCGACUGGGGCCAGUGGAGUGACUGCAGUUUAGCCUGUGGCUCUGGCAUCAUGACGCGCACACGUCAAGUUUUACAGCCGGCCCAAAAUGGUGGCAAACAUUGUCCUGUCUUAAUACAAAAACGUGGCUGUCAAGGUUUCCACUGUCAUGGCCAUCAUGAUAAGAAAAUAUUACGUGAAACUGCUUUACUGCUGCCGGCUUCCUUGACUCACCAGCAUCAUGUAAAUGACAGCAGUGUCAGACGCAAUUUACGCAACCACUACAGAGAAACCUACCAGCAUAACAGAGAGCAAGAGUAAGUAUUUU